UUGUUUCAGGCGUGCAGCACAACAGCUACGGAGCUGAAGCAGCAGUGCGAUGUUUUGCGCAAACAGUUAAUACAGGUCAAAGAGGAAAAGGCUCAGAUACAAGAGGAUCAUAGGCAAUUAUCCUUGAAAACGCAGGUGCAAGAAUCUCGCAGACAGCACGAGUCGAAGGAACUUAGCAAAUCACAGCAGGAAUUGGAACAGCGGCUAGCUGAAGCGAACUCCCACAUAUUGCGCUUAACUGAUAACAACAGGGAGGUGAAUGGGAAACUAGAAGAAGUAACAAGAGAAAACCUCGAUUUGCUCAGAAAACUUCAGGAUCUAGAAGAUAAGCUAUCUCUAGAGGAAGAAGCUCAUACAGCUGCAAAUGUUGAACUUUCUCGUCUACGCGGCAUCGAGAACCAGAUUUCCAGCUCUAAGAAAGCACUGGAGAGGGCCAAGGUAGCACAAGAACAAGCAGAAAAGGAAAGAGAGGUCGCUGAACAAGAAGCAGAAGAAUGCCGUCAACAAGCUGAACGAAUGUUGACUAUAACUGAGCAAUUAACUCAGCGCAAUAGCCAGCUAGCCACUGAUGUAUCAGUUGAUCGAGAAAAGAAUUGUCGCCUUGAACAGCAACUGGUGGAAACUGAAGGAUCGCUCAAAAGGGCCUUGUUGAAGCUAGCAGAACGGGAAAAAGAUCUUGAAGAGGCUACUGGCAGUGGACAGUCCGAGAUUGCAUCUUUAAAAACUGAACUAAAUGAGAAAAUUGGGAAAGGUAGCUAA